UUCAUUAUUAGACAUUAGGAAAUAUGAGGCAUCUGGUUCUCUUAUCCGUCGUUAUAGCUUGCGUUGGUGGUGCGAUCCCAAUUGACAAUAGCCACUACGUAGAAGGCGAGAGCCGGUAUGUGUGGCUGACCAACGAUGAAGGCAAGUUGGUUCUCGUGGACCUGUGGGAAGAACUCGAAUCUAGGCCUGGAACAGGUGCUGACAACGAAUACUGGCUUUUCACCAGGUUAGUAUCCAUGCACCUAAAAGUAUGUAAGUAUUUAAAUGCUUCAAACACCAAGCCAACGAAAUUCCUCCUCCAUGGAUGGACUAGCAGUGGCAACUCUGCAUUCAACAUUGUCGUACGAGACGCAUUCCUUGCUGCUGUAGACUGCAAUGUUAUAGUUGUGGACUGGAACAACCCUGCUUCGGGACAUUAUCUCAGGGCUGUAGCGGGAGUGCCCAGUGUGGGCGAAUACCUAGGCGACUUUCUGGUGUGGCUCGUCGACGCUGGGUUGUCGGACUGGAGCCAAAUCCACCUCGUCGGGUACAGUUUAGGCGCUCACGUCGUUGGAAAUGCUGGGCGCAGAGCUGGUGGUCGGCCCUCUAGGGUUACAGGAUUGGAUCCAGCUGGUCCUCUUUGGCGGUUGAAUCCCCACGCUCUUAAUCGUGAAGCAGGACACUACGUUGAAGCAAUCCACACUGAUGGUGGUCUCCAGGGCAUGCUCAUGCCCAUCGCUGAUGUCGACUUCUACCCUAACGGAGGCAUCAGCUUCCAGCCAGGCUGUGAAGACAGCGGCUGUUCCCACGCCAGGUCCUACCAGUUUUUCGCGCUUAGCGUGAGAGAAGACCGUUUCGUGGGAAGUCGCUGCAAUAACAUAAUCCAGGCCGUUCUUCAGAGAUGCUCAGGAGAGGAAUUGAAUACGGGCAACACUGAUUUUGGCAAAGUCGGAACUGGACUCUAUGGUUUAUCAAUCACAGAAGACGACCUACAGGCGUUGCAAACCAUCGCUUAA